UGCGUAGCUGAUGUAAACAGAAAGGACCAUUUUGAUCAGAGAAAUCUAGAAGCCAGGGCACAGUAACUCAUCAAAGCUUUUCUGGUUUCACCUAUGCAACGCCUUAAAUAGUACUCGCGCCAUGGACUUCUAUAUCAAUCUGAAGGUGAAUUUCCGAGGGAAUGCGAAGAGUUUCUUGCUGUCUGGCUCGGAGACGAGGAGCUGGGAGUCUAUGGAGGCCAUGGUGAAAAGGUCUUUUGGCCUGUGUAAUUUUCAACUGACAUAUUUCGAUGAGGAGAAUGAAGAGGUAUCAAUCAACAGCCAAUUGGAAUAUGAAGAAGCCCUGAAGAGUGCUGCACGACAAGGGAACAGACUACAAAUGAAUGUGUAUGAGACAAGGGGCAAUAGAGCCACAGUGCCAGGACCGGGCCCACCACCAGGGUCUGGGAUGGGCUUGGGCCAGGUGAAAGCUGGUACUGUUGGAGAACCCAAGAAGGGAUUUAGGCCUCCUCAGCACUGCUCUACUUUGGCGCAAGUGGUGAGUCGCAAAGUUCAGGCUGCAGUCCCAGAGGAAGGAUUGGUAAUUGUAAAUGAAGUCAAAGGAGGGAAGGCAGAGGAUAAGACCCCUCCAGCUUGGUUCACUUCAUACAUGGAAAAGUUUAAGGAUCAAGUGGUUAGAGAGGCCGUAGAGAAGAUCUGUAGGGAGUUCUCUGGACAAUGCUGCAUCCAUAAGCCAGUGGGAGCAGAUCCUCAGGUUCCUGAGGUCACCUCAUCCACUCUGCCUGGGGCCCCAAGUCCAGCUCCAGCCUGCAGUAGCUGUCGGGGCCAGACCACCGGCGGUGGAUACCAAUGCAGUGUGUGUACUUCCUGCACUCUAUGUGAGCCAUGUAGCUUCUCACAUGAUCCAAGCCACAACCUUGUGAGAGCCAGAACUCCCCUGUCUAUUCCCGAGCACGGUUCCCCAGCACCAGAUCACAGCAGGUUCUACAGAAGGGGUGACCGGAGCUUUCGUAAGGCUGAGAAGCAGCGUCUUAAAGCUGAGAAGCGCCAGCUCAAGGCGGAGGUGAAGGAGAUCAGGAAGCAACUGAGAAUGGAGAGGAGGGGACUGCAGUGGAGCACUGCUGGAGAAGGGAGCUCUUCACCCGUCCUGCUGCAGCCACGUGCCACACAGGCAAAUAGCCCAGAUCGUCCUAAACGUCCAUGCCCACUUGCUGUGCCAGCUAUGACAGCUCUACUCUUGGAUGAAAACCUGCCUGAUGGAUCACGUCUGCGUCCUGGGACCAAGUUCAUCAAAUACUGGAAAAUGAAGAACAGUGGCAGAGUGUGCUGGGACUCUGAGACCAAGUUGAAGUUUAUGUGGGGGAACUUGGCAGUGGGCUCCGGUGAAAGAUGGCGGGAGGUCUCAGUACCCACUCUACAGCCAGGUCAGGUGGGUGUUAUCAGUGUGGCACUUUGUGCUCCGACGUUAGAGGGCACCUAUACGUCCCAUUGGCGCCUGGCACACAGAGGAGAGCAGUUUGGACCACGUGUUUGGUGCAGCAUCGUUGUGGAUCCACAUGCUCCGACAGCCAUCUGUGCUGACGGGCUACUGGUGUCUCCCUGUGUCACCCCACGGGAGAAGUCUUCCCACACUCUUGAGAGGGAGGAGAAAUGCCGGGCCUCAAGGGAACAACUGCUUUUGUCAGUAAACCAGGACUGUGAUCAGGAAUUCUACAUUCCAUCUAUAGACUUGCUCACAGCUCAGGACUUACUGUCUUUUGAACUGCUGGACAUCAACAUUGUGCAAGAGUUGGAGAGUGUGCCUAACAACACUCCUGCAGACAUUACUCCAUGCAUAUCACCUCUGCCCCAUGAGGGACCUCUACAGGAGAAACCAACACUGGGACUCAUCCAAGAGGAAACAGAAGCCCAAGGGGUCAGCAGCAUCCUGGUCACAGAUGUGGCCCAGGGAACAGAGUUAGAGGGCGUCCCAGCACAAGAGAAAGGAGAGGACAUCAUCACUGGGCCUCAGUUCCUCAGUCCAUCUGUUAUCCGCUCUCUCACCCUGGAAGUGACCCGUGAAAUAGCAAAGCAUGGGGCGCUUUGUGGGACAUGCCCAGCUAAAGUGGUGCGUCCAGCCCCCCAAGGUUCAAUGUCGCUUUGUGAGAGUACAUCAGGAAAAGUUUCAGAUACAGGGCUCAUAUCUGCUCCAGCCCUACUGAAAGUAGAGAUGGCACAAAUCUCCAGCCCAGCUUCACCCCAGACAGAGACCACUGAUAUAGCUGCUCCCUUGCUGACGCUUCCAGCAGAGCUCAUUAGCGCAGAUGAGGGUCACGAGUCUGACAUCGAGCAGAUCCUGGUGGAACCUGCAGGUGGAGAUCCUGUAGAAGAGGGAGAGGAGGAAGUGGAUAAGAAAGAGCAAGUGCGGGACACAGAAGCAGCUAAGGAAACCCGCAGCAGAACUUCAUCUGCUUCUUCAGAAGACUAUAUCAUCAUCCUCCCUGAUUGCUUUGACACCAGCCGUCCAUUAGGAGAGUCCAUGUACAGCUCAGCCCUGUCGCAGCCUGGAGAAGAGCUUAUAGAGGGGGACAAAGUAGAAUCAGUGGAGACCGUAGAGCUCCAGAGCCCUGUUGCUGCUGUUAGUGCGGAUGCUAAUGACAUGCUCUGUGCCUCCCAGACUCUGGACGCUGUGCCGCUCACCCCUGUGAUUGUAGUGGCUCCAGGAUCCUCGAUUAACACCUACAAAGAGACACAAGGGCAGACAGAACAUGGAGCAGAGGAGCAGGAGAGGAGUAAUCCUACAGAGCCAGGUGAUGAGGAGAAAGACUCUGAGCCUAAUCAACCUGACCCGGAGAACUCCGUAGCAUCUGUUAAGUCUGAAACAGAAGAGCUCAGGGCUAAUAGCAUUACAGGUGGAUUGGUGAAGGGUGCUCUGUCCGUGGCAGCAUCUGCCUAUAAAGCUCUUUUCACUGGACAGACCGGGUCUGAGAAGCUCCCAGAAGAUGCCGCUUCUCAUGACGCCAUGAUGGCCGUGCUGGUAGAGAUGGGCUUCGGUGACCGGGCGCUAAAUCAACGUCUGCUACAGAAACACAACCGCAACCUGCUGGAUGUGGUAAAUGAACUGGUGCAGAUGACUGACAACGACUGGUACACAACACGCUACUGAGAUACUGGUCAAUUAUUGAGGUUUCCCUCAUAUCUCUGUUUUUUUGUUUUUGUUUUUUUCUAUGUGCAAUCAGCAGCCCAUUCCAUGAUACAGACUUUCAUUCCACCUGGGUUGUAAAGAUAGUGUGUGUGUGAAUCUGUCUGCUCCAAAGUGUAACAGAUAAUGAUUAGAGAAGCAGUUCAUCAUCAUUAUAACUGUGCUUGUUAAAGUUUGUUGUUAGUGGGCAUUAAUGUUUUCACUGAUGAUCAUGGGUAGCUAAUGAACACUAAUAGGUAAUUAAUAAUCCAAAGCUAUUCAAGAAAUAUGCCAUGCUUUUAAUAAAAACAUUUUAAAAUAUAGUGUAAUUAACAACAAAACAUUCUAAUAGUUAAACUAUGAAAAGCUCUGCAAAAGUGCAAUCAAUCUGGCUUUGUGUGGACUCUUAAUCAUCAGCCUAGACCAAAUAGAUGAAUCACUCCUUUACAUGGACACAAGAUGAUAAAUUAAACUAUUCCUUACUGGAGAAGUCAAUAUUAAGUUUAGUGUGUGAAUGUUUUUUUCCUCAGUAAUCUUUAACUGUUGUUGCUUAUAAUACAUGUGGAAAUUAUUAUUAUUAUAUUGAAUACCAUUGAUUUGUUUCUACAAAGUCCAUGAAAUAGGGCAUAUACUGCACUUUGUUAAUGCGUUGGCAUUUAAAUAUAUAUAAAAUGUUACAGCUUAAAGCAACAAAGCAUUUGAUUAGUUAAGCGGACUGAACUGGAGAGUGUAGUUUGUAUUAAUUCAUGCUUUAAACGGUUAAAGAGGAAAAUGCAAUCAUGACAUAUUUAACUCCAAUUUUCGACUGUUCAUUCCAAAAAAAAAAAAAAAAAAAAAACCCAUCCAAAUUAUAUAUAUUUUGAUAAUUAAAUGGCUAUUGUAUUUAGUGUGAUGAAGAAUGUAUCUCAGCACUUUUCUUCAGCGGGAGAUUUUGAAACUACCUACUGUCUAGAGCAGGGGUCGCCAGCUGGCAGACUCCAGUCUGAAUCCGGGCCGCAAAGCCUUUUGACAUAAUGAAAUAAAGAAAUGCCAAACACUGUUUUAUAAUAGAAUCAAAUUUAUAUCAAGCACAUCAAGGAAAUUACAGUAGAGCAGUUUGGCACAUUUCACUACUGCAGUUUUAUCUGUUGCUACGUUCAGAAGUGCAGUGAAAUGAGCAGAGUGCAGACAUGAAACUUUCAGUGAGUGAAAAUGACAUUCUCGAAAACAAGGAAAGUUGACAGGUCCUUAAAAAGUCUUAAAUUUAGUUGUAUCAAAUUUAAGGCCAUAAAAUUCUUAAAUUAUAUAAGGAAUUCUUAAUUAUGAUUUCAUGAGGUCUGAAAUUGUGAAACAGCUUAGUGUGGUGAUUUAAACUUCAAAAGGCGAUGAUUUUAUUGAUUAAACAUGGGAGCUGCAAAUUUCAAAGUCAUGUGCUGCACUUCCGGGGAAACUGCUGUAUUUCUGCCGUUACAAAAGCGCCUCCUACUGGCAGAGAAUGAAUGUGCAUUCUCAAUGAUCCAGUCUGCUGUGUUUGUUCAGACCAAUGUGAAAAUCAACUCGUUUUCAUGUUACAAACACAUUGUAAAUGUGAACUUGUGGAUCAACAAGAUGAUAAUGCAUUAUAAAAAUCUAAACAAUUAAGACAGAAAAAAAUAUAUUUAUGUUAUUUAAUUAAUAGAAUAACUGAUACUUUUGACUGGUUUAAAUGCUGAAAUGUUAAGUGGAUCAUUUUAUAAACAUUUUUUAUUUUGUGAAAACUUAUGUCUGAACUGUACAUUUUUUUUUUUUGUCAUUUUAUUUGGGCAGGUUUUAAACAGUCUUAAAAAAAAAUCAUGUUUUUAGGCAUAUAACUGUCUAGAUCUCGGCUAGUGAUGAGGGUUCAUUACUGGACCUCAAGCAAUUUUAGUUGGAGACCCCUGGUCUAGAGUGUGGAAAGCAUUCCUUAUAAAUUAUAUAUCCUGAUUUGCUGUAAUCCAUGAAGCUCUCACAAGUGGUAUAUCCAUCAUCACCGAUCAUCAUCACCCACUUGUUUUUCCAGAUCUAGGGUUAAAAUAUAUGUUUUAGCACAUUCCUUAGGAAAGCCGUAAGGUGGUCUUGGUACUUGCAGCAAUCAGUAGAGGUUCUGGGUGGAACUGCCUGGAUCAAAUGAUUGUAAAACAUAAUCAGUGAAGGCAGAUGUGCCUCUAUGUAUGAUGCCUGAAUGGAGCAUUCAGUGUCUCUGCAACAAAUGUACACAUCUGUCUGUAAUAAAUAUUCUUGUAUGUCAUA